AUGAGCCCCUUCCGGCUUGUAUAUGGUAAAGCAUGUCACUUACCGGUGGAGAUUGAACACAAAGCUUAUUGGGACGUAAAGGAGUGUAAUAUGAGCUUGGGUGGGGCCGGAGUAGAGAGAAAGCUUCAAUUGGUAGAAUUAGAAUGUUUGAGAUUGGAAGCUUACGACAACUCUAGACUUUAUAAGGAAAAAUUGAAAGCCAUCCACGACAAGAACAUUAGGAGAAGGGAAUUCGGACCCGGUGACCUAGUCCUUCUCUACAAUUCAAGGUUGAGAUUACUACCCGGAAAGCUUAGAUCAAGAUGGGAUGGGCCCUACCAAGUGGAGAAAGUAGAACCUUAUGGAGUCUACCACUUGCGCCACCCAUCGAGCCCGAACAUCUUCAAGGUAAACGGGCACCGUCUCAAAUUGUAUCAUGGGGAGCAAAGAAAGAAUGCCAAGGAAUUUGAAGUGUUCCUCUUGAGGGAGCCAAGAACUAACGUCCAGGCCCCUCUUGAAGAAGACCAAGGGCCCCGUUGA